UCGUGCAACCAUGAGCAACUGGGUUAUUAAUCAUGGGCUGUCUGCUUUGGUUAUUGUGGUGUGGCUAGGAAUCAACAUCUUUCUGUUUGUCUAUUUUUACAUGUUUUAUGAGUUCAAUCCAGAAUUUUUCUACACAAGGGCAAUUCUUGGAUCUGCACUAGCCUGGGCACGAGCUCCCGCUGCUUGCCUCAACUUUAACUGCUUGUUGAUUUUGCUGCCUGUGUGCCGGAAUCUACUGUCCUUCCUCAGAGGAUCAUGCUCAUGUUGCAGAUGCAGUGCAAGAAAACAGCUGGACAAAAAUAUCACAUUCCACAAACUAGUGGCUUACAUGAUCGCCUUGCAAACAGCAAUUCAUAUUGUGGCACACUUACUGAAUUUUGAAUGGUUCAACAACAGUCAGCAGUCAAAUGAAGACACCCUGGAUGCUGUACUGUCCCGACUUGGGAACAACAACAGCCUCUGGGUAAAUCCGAUCAGGUCAGAUACAACGACUCCCACCUAUGUCGCAUUCACCACUGUGGCUGGUCUAACCGGAGUCAUUAUUACAUUGGCACUUAUCAUCAUGAUCACAUCCUCAACAGACACCAUUCGCAGAUCAUAUUUCGAGGUCUUCUGGUUUACACACCACCUCUUUGUCAUAUUUUUUGCAGGACUUGUCAUCCAUGGAAUUGGCCGUAUUGUUCGACGCCAGACUGCUGCCAGCAUGAAGGUACACAAUUUCAUGUUCUGUCAUAAUCGCACAGCGGAGUGGGGGAAAAUCCCUGAAUGUCCAAUUCCUGUGUUUGAGGGAGGAGAGCCAAUGACUUGGAAGUGGGUGCUUGCGCCAAUGAUACUCUAUGUCUUUGAGAGAUUAAUACGACUGUAUCGAUCGCAGCAGAGGGUGGUUGUCACUAAGGCUGUAGUUCACCCAUCAAGAGUCCUUGAGUUGCAAAUGCAGAAGAAGGGUUUUAAAAUGGAAGUGGGACAAUACAUCUUCAUCAACUGCCCAUCCAUCUCCCAGCUGGAGUGGCACCCCUUCACUCUGACCUCUGCCCCAGAAGAAGAUUACUUCAGUGUUCAUAUUCGAUCAGCCGGUGAUUGGACAGAUGGCAUGUUUGAAGCAUUUGGGGACAGUCGAAGAGAGACAUGGGAACAAAUACAACCAAGUAUUGCAGUGGAUGGUCCUUUUGGUACAGCUAGUGAGGAUGUCUUCCGAUAUGAAGUCAGUGUUCUUGUUGGAGCUGGCAUUGGAGUGACUCCAUUUGCAUCCAUUCUCAAGUCUAUCUGGUACAAGUAUGAGAAGUCUGAUGCUGGAUUACUGACAAAAAAGAUAUACUUCUUCUGGAUCUGUCGUGAGACCCAGGCAUUCGAGUGGUUUGCUGACCUGCUCCGAUCACUUGAGGGUCAAAUGGAACAGUUGGGCAAGCAUGACUUCCUCAGCUACAAACUCUACCUGACUGGCUGGGAUAGUACACAGGCCACUCAUGUCAAGGUACACAUCGAUAAAGAGACUGAUGUGGUGACUGGACUCAAACAGAAAACAUACUAUGGCAGACCCAACUGGGACAAAGAGUUUCAGGCGAUUGCACAAACUCACCCCAAAACAACUGUUGGUGUCUUCCUGUGUGGCCCACAACCUCUGGCUAAAGCUUUAGAACAAUGCUCAAACAAAUACUCUGAGGUCAACCCCUUGGGAGUCCAUUUCCAUUUCAACAAGGAAAAUUUCUAAGAAUCAAGGAACAGAUCAAAUAACUGGAAGAACAAUAGAGAGACAAUGCUUAUUUUUGUAACGCAUUCUCCUCCCUCAACAGUACUGAAGAUGUGGCAUUAUGUUCUGAUUUCACAGAAGUACUUCAUCUUUAAAUGCACUGGAUAUAAAGACUGGAAUUCUUCAAUCUUCAAACUGUAAAUAUUCCCCAUUCAUUGUAAUGAACUGGGAAUCAAGGAAUAGAGGAGAUAUUCAGAAUGCUCAAAGAAAUUUGUUACUGUGGAUUAUAUACAUACUAAAAAUAUUUUCUUUUUUUUAAUUAUGUAUUUUCAGUCAUACUGUUUAAUUGAAAUGUAUGAAAUUCAAAAUCACAAAUUGUCAUCAAAGCUUUCCUUAGGGAAGUCAAAUCUGAGUAUCGCUGUUCUGUCCACAAUGCAAUGAGUGCCAGAUCAUGUCCUAGCACUGUGGCAAUGCAACCAACUACGUACUGCCUCAGAAUCUAGAGUGACAACUGCGAAGGUGACAAGUGAGCUGUUUGUGAUGUUCAAAUAUGUUGUAAAGAAUUGGUAGAUUUUAAUACAAAUGGCUUACUCAAAUUGUCAUUAGCUGCAGAUCCAACUUUAUAAUAGGCUGCUGUCGACCCAAUGCUUACAACUCAAAAUGUAAUUAAUUUAAAAAUAAUUAAUAUUUUUAAGUCUUAAACAAGAACCACAGAUGUGUUAGUGAUCCCUGAUGCAAAUCCUACUCUAUCAGGAAAUAUUAUUCAUCCAACAAGUAUGACAAGCUUAAGUGGACUAGGUGAAAGGGUGCUCAUAAUGGAUCCUUGUUGCAAUGAUUUGAGGAGGUGGUUAAAAUUGACUAUAGAUUUUGAUCUGGCUUCUUCAAAAUUUAAGUUUAGAAUAGGUGUAGGGAAAGCAGGAAAUGCACUAAAAUUAGAUGGGAAUGGCAUUUUGUCUUAGGACAAAACCUGUUAUAUAGACUCAAAAGGUUAGCUUGCUCUCUCUCCAUGGAUGCUGUCUGUCUCCAGCAUUUGUUAUUUUCAAUGAAUUCAGGGCACUGGUUAACUUUGAAGUUAACUUAAACUCAAACCAAAUAUUAUUUUGGCUGAGUGGCUAUAGACUUUCCCUGAAGUGAAAAGGAUGAGUGUUCAAACUUCAUUCCAGAAUUUGAACAUGAAGCCAAAGCUGACAAAUCAAUGCAGUACUGAGGUAGAAUUUUAUAGGGGUCUGAGCACUGUGGUCUAUGGUGAGAUAUGGCAAAAUUAGGCAAGAAAUCCAGUGAAGCCCAUCUCAAUGGAGGGAACAAUUCACACCAUCUUUUAUACUUUUUGCAAACAGCAAACUGAGAUUCUCAUGAUACUAGAUAUUAAGCAAUAGGGAUUAUUGCUUGUUAAAUGUGUUGCUAAUUGCAUAACUCACCUAAUUCAUAUUAAGCCUCCCAUCUGACCAAACUUGCCAAACAAGUUUGACAUUGGGAAAACUCAAAAAUAAAUUCAGAGCAUGUAGCUGCCAGAUUUAGUUCUAUGCUUGUUGUAAAUGACAUCCAUGUUGCCUAUGACCAUAUCACAGGCCAAGGUAUGAUCAAUGGACACCAGUCUCACACACACACACCUGGCCCACAGACAUUUGUUAAGCCUUCACAACCAUUCUGGGAUUUCUCUGAAGCACUGGCACUGAUUGAUAUUGAAAGGUUACAGCAGAGACACAUUGUGCUCAGGCAUCUAGCUUACAGACUGGACAUGGCUGUACCUCAGGACUGCUCACUUUCUAUCUGAGGGCUCACGUGUCACAGAAACUAAGAAUGGGGCUGGGGGAGGGGGGAGUGCAUUGGCACGCUACUGAGCCUCAGCUGAUUAAUCUCUAGCAAUGGCGCCUUCACUCUGGGGAAGGGCAGAGUACAAUUGUGAAGGAGGGCAGAAGGAUGUACUGUGUGAAGGUGAGGGUGGGGGACGUCAAUGGUAAGGUAUGGCUGGGAAGGGUGUAAUGCUGGGCAGGGCGAAGUCACCCAUGGUCAGGAGCAGCUUGGGUUUAAUGGUGAAAUUGGCGGAUGAGGGUGGUGGAAGCAGAAAUAAACACACCAGGCAUGGUCACCUCAUAUACCAGGCAGCUGGGGAUGAAGGGUAAACAGGCAGGAGGCUGAAAGAACACAGCAAGCCAGACAACAUCAGGUGGAGAA